AUGGAUUUCAUCAAGACCAGUUCCCUGCGUGCUCUGAUUGAGUUAACUUUCCAACGCAACUGGAACGGCCUAAUUUGGAUGAGUAGAAAAGGAGUUAUAACCAAAAGAGUGAAGACUGUCCAGACGGCUCUAUCGAGAAUCAGCGCCCAACCGCGCAGUCCGGCUGGCCGAGGAACGAUGUUCCGCGCUCGGCCAAAACUCCACAACCGCCACGCCACGCCGCGCACGACCAGCGCGCGAGCCGGGAAAAAGCCUCGCGGCCGCGCAACUCGUCUCACGUACGCGCACGAACGCUCCGUCCGAGCCGGGAACUACGCCCGCGUCCGGCCGAGAAUUUCAUCGGCCAAACUCAUCCGUCCGACCACGCCGGCCGACCAUGAAUCCGUCCGGCCACGACCGUUCCGACUCGGCCACGACCCGACUGUCCGGCCGAUCGUCCCGACCGACCGUCCCAACGCCGCGGUCGACCCGAAGCCCGUUUUGAAGCCCGAUUUCAUAUUUUCAAGCCCGGCUUAA